AUGGAAUUGGAAAAUAUCUUAAAGGAACUACCGUGUCAGGAUGGUAUCAUCUUAGCAGGCGAUUUUAAUGCUUCAGUAGGCAAACCUAAUAAUUCUCCCUGCCUUGGAAACGCCGCAUUGAUACAAAGUACUAACCCCAAAGGUAAAAGGUUAAUAGAAAUCUGUGAACUCUUCAACAUGAAAAUUGGAAAUACGUUUUUCAAGCAUCCUAUUCAUCACAUCAUGACUUACAAGAGUCCUUCCUUUGACACUACCUCACAGAUAUAUUACUUUGUAAUUUCCACAAAGAUCCUAAAGUGGGUAAGAGACAACAGAGUAGUCAGUAAACUAAACCAUACACUUUUUACAGACUAUUACCCAUUGGGCUGUGAACUCAGAAUCAACAAUAGCAUUUUCCCAAAUCACAUUAAACAGAUGUCUCAUCAGUGUAAGAUUCAUAGCCAGAAAAGACUUGGCACAGCUCAAUGA